AUAUAAUCCGUACCAUCCGGGACCCAGAGAAGCCCAACACUCUGGAAGAGCUGGAAGUGGUCACGGAGAGCUGUGUGGAAGUGCAGGAGAUAGGAGAGGAGGAGUAUCUGGUUAUCAUCAGGUUUACACCCACAGUACCUCACUGCUCCCUGGCCACUCUCAUUGGCCUUUGCUUAAGAAUAAAACUUCAGAGGUGUUUGCCUUUUAGACAUAAGCUGGAAAUCUACAUAUCUGAGGGUACACAUUCCACUGAAGAGGACAUCAACAAGCAGAUCAACGACAAAGAGAGAGUGGCAGCUGCAAUGGAGAACCCCAACCUGCGGGAGAUCGUGGAGCAGUGUGUCACAGAGCCCGACUAG